AUGGCGCCGGAGAAGCUGCAGGUGCUGCACGCGCUGGACGUGGCGGGGACGCAGCGGUACCACGUGCGCGCGGUGGUCAUCGCCGGCACGGGCUUCUUCGCCGACGCCUACGACCUCUUCUGCAUCACGCUCGUCACCAAGCUCCUGGGCCGCAUCUACUACCACGCCCCGGGCCGCGGCGAGCCGGGGCGGCUCCCGCCGCGGCUGGAGGCGGCGUUCGGGGGCGCCACCUUCUGCGGCGCGGUCGUGGGGCAGCUCCUCUUCGGCUGGCUCGGCGACCAGGCCGGCCGCAAGCGUUUCUACGGCAAGACCGUCCUGCUCAUGGCCGCGGGCUCCUUCCUCUCGGGCCUCUCCUUCGGCGACACCCCCGGCGGCGUCAUGGCCACGCUCUGCUUCUUCCGCUUCUGGCUCGGUGUCGGCGUCGGCGGGGACUACCCGCUCUCGGCGACCAUCGUGGCCGAGUACGCCAGCAAGCGGACCAGGGGCGCCCUCGUCGCCGCCGUCUUCGCCAUGGAGGGAUUCGGCGUCCUCGCGGGCUGCAUUGUCACGCUCGCCGUCUCCGCCACGUUCCAGGCGCGGUUCCGCGCGCCGGCGUACGAGGAGGACCCCACGGGGUCCACCCCGCCGCAGGCCGACUACGUGUGGCGGAUCGUCCUCAUGGCCGGCGCCAUCCCGGCCUGCCUCACCUACCACUGGCGGGCGCGGAUGCCCGAGACGGCGCGCUACACGGCGCUGGUCGCCCGCGACGCCGGCAGGGCCGCGCGCGACAUGUCCAGGGUGCUCGAGGUCGACAUCGCCGGCGAGCCGGACAAGGUGGAGAGCCUCACCAGGGGCCGGGACUACGGCGUUCUCUCCCGCCGCUUCGCGCGCCGCCACGGCCUCCACCUCCUCGGCGCCGCCGCGUGCUGGUUCGUGCUCGGCGUCGUCUUCUACUCCCAGACCAUCCUCCAAGAGGAGAUCUUCAGCGACGUCGGGUGGGUCCCCAGGGCGCGCGCCAUGAGCGCCCUCGAGGAGGCCUACCGCGUCGCCCGCGCGCACGCCAUCAUCGCGCUCUGCGGCACGCUGCCGGGCUACUGGUUCACUGUCGCCUUAGUCGACGUCGUCGGCCGGAAGGCCAUCCAGUUCCUCGGCUUCGCCAUGAUGACGGGGUUCAUGCUCGCCAUCGCCGCCCUCUACGACAGCCUGGCGAGCCCCGGGCGGCGGGUAUGGCUGGUGGCCAUGUACACCUUCACCUUCUUCUUCGCCAACUUCGGGCCCAACAGCACCACCUUCAUCGUGCCGGCGGAGAUCUUCCCGGCGCACCUGCGCGCGACGUGCCACGGGAUAUCGUCCGCGGCGGGGAAGGCCGGCGCCAUCGUCGGGACGUUCGGGUUCAUGUACGCCGCGCAGAAGGCGGAUGGCAGUGAGGCGGCCGAGACGGGGUACCCGUCGGGCAUCGGCGUGCGCGCCUCCCUGUUCGUGCUCGCCGCGUCCAACGUGCUGGGGAUACUCUUCACCUGCUUGCUGCCGGAGCCGAAGGGGAGGUCGCUGGAGGAGGUGUCCGGUGACGGCGGCGGCGAGUCCGUGAACGGAGAUGACGCGGACGUGGGCGACUCCCAGAUCCUCCCGCUGUAG